AUGCCUUAUUAUCAAACAUGGGAAGAGUUCGCUCGUGCAGCAGAAAAACUAUAUUUGACAGAUCCAAUGAAGGUAGCUAGCUAACUAGUACGACAUUCUUCUGUUGAGCAAGCUUGAAAUCUUGAUAGCUAAUUGAUGUUAGUUAGCUAGCGAGCAAAAUGUAUUUAGAAAUGGUUAUUUCACAGCACAAAUAGAUGUGAUAGCCAAUAAUAACCAUCACUGUUAGAGUGAUGAAGUCUAGGUGCAGGAUAGCUAGCUAGUUUGUUAGCCGUUUUUAAAAGCAAUGCAGCCAGCUAACGAAGCCAGCUGUUAGCUAACAGUAGUUAACGUUAAAUAUGCUGGCAAAUGUGAAUAGGAAGGGAAACGACUGCCUAACUAACGCGAGUCAACUUUUGAAAUAUGUGUGAGCAUCAUGAAGAUAAUCAACCAUGUUGUAAUACAUGCAGCUAUGGCUGUUGCAUAUUUAAAUAAAUAGGCUAAGCGUUUUCAAUUAUCUUUGUGUUUUCUUCUCUCCUUUUGAUACAGGUCAGGGUGGUUCUCAAAUACAGACACUGUGAUGGUAACCUUUGCAUCAAAGUCACCGAUGAUGCAGUGGUAAGUUAAAGAGAAGACAGUCUGCUCCCUCUGCUCAGAUCUGUUUGUAUCCUACGUAGCCCAAUCAUGGACUAAAGGAGCCUAACUCCUAGUCCAAGGACCUUACAUGCUCUGGAAGCCAAAACAGCCAAAUACUCACAUUUACAUUUUAGUCAUUUAGCAGACGCUCUUAUCCAGAGCGACUUACAGUUAGUGCAUACAAUUUUCAUACUGCCCCCCCCCGUGAGAAACGAACCCACAACCCUGGCGUUGCAAGCGCCAUGCUCUACCAACUGAGCUACAGGGGACUACACCUGAAUCGAUUCUCAAUUGCAGUACGGUUCUAGAAACAUAAAUCCCUCUACUUUCAAAUCACGUCAAAAUACUUUUACAAAUGCAAAAUACACACUUUACUGUACAGUGUUAACCGGUUUUAACACAGUUACAGCUCACAGUAUUUUUCAGUGACAACACGUUUCUGGCGUCAGUCUUCCUUUUAAACACAGGUGUUCGGAGACACAGAUAACUAAUUAGCAGAGGUAGUCCACUCUGUCUUCCAUCUGUUUUUCGUAAACAAGCGCUGUUACAUGGAAAUAUCGCCAUCUGGGAACCCUAACCCUAUAAAGGUGUGUAGUAAUUUAGCCAUUAUUUGUAUUUAUUUUAUUUCUCACUGAUUUGUAUUUAUUUAUUUCACCUUUAUUUAACCAGGUAAGCCAGUUGAGAACAAGUUCUCAUUUACAACUGCGACCUGGCCAAGAUAAAGCAAAGCAAUGCGAUAAAAACAACAACAGAGUUAUAUAUGGGAUAAACAAAACGUACAGUCAAAAACACAAUAGAAAAUCUAUAUAAAGUGUGUGCAAAUGUAGUAAGUUAUGGAGGUAAGGCAAUAAAUAAAUAGGCCAUAGUGCAAAAUAAUUACAAUUUAGUAUUAACACUGGAGAGAGAGAUGUGCAAAUAGAGAUACUGGGGUGCAAAUGAACAAAAUAAAUAACAAUAUGGGGAUGAGGUAGUUGGGUGGGCUAUUUACAGAUAUGAUAUGAAAGAUGCAUUCCUUAUGUUUCCAAAACCGUACCGCAAGCGAUGCGUGUUAAUGUUUAGAGCAAGCAUCAGGGCUCUUAACAAAACUCCCCCGGUCAGAAGAUACUGUUGUCAUAUCCUAUAUAGCUACACUAAUUUGUUGCUUGCAAGACUUUGUAGACAUGUUGAUUUGUAGAUUUUUUAAAUAACAAAUGUUGGCUUCAUUUUGUGAACUAUUCUUCUGUUUCCCUCUACCUAAUCCACAAAUCAUUAUCAUGUUCUAUUGCAGUGUUUACAAUACAAGACGGACCAGGCUCAGGACGUGAAGAAGAUAGAGAAACUGCAUGGCAAACUGAUGAGGCUUAUGGUGUCCAAGGAAAGUGGUGCCAUGGAAAUGGACUGA